AUGGAGGAGGAUAUCUCCAGUGCAGAAGAGGCAGAGCCUUCUUCUAGUCAACAUGUGGUCGGACCUUCUCUAGGCUUGGCUGCUGCAGUCGUGGCAGCUGAGCAGUCUACAGGUCAGAAGCAAGCUUCUCUACGCAAGUUCUUCCAGCCUCAGCACCCAGAUGCUCUGAAGCCAGUCAAGUGGCUUCCAAAGACUCUACCUUUGAGAGGUCGGCCUCUCAGCAAGGAGACGUUGCGACUCAUUGAUGAAGCUGUGUCUAGGCUGGACCGAAGCAAGGCCGAGGAUCCAGUUGCUGUUCUAGAGGAGGUAGCGGCCGUCAAGAGGAAAGGUGGUCGUCCUCAGAAAGCGGGGCCUGCAAAGGCCUCUAGACAGGACAUCCCUGUGGCUCCAAAAACAGGCAUGCUACAAGACAUGCUCGAGCAGGAGCACACCUUCGCUGAUGAGGCAGACUUCUUUCGGCAUUUUGCGAAGAAGUAUGACAGAUCUACUCCGCAGAUCAAGUCUUGGUGGAGGUCUAGACAGGAGCUCACAGCCACUCAGAGGAAGCACCGUUUGUCUAGGAAUCCGGUCAAGUUUUCUGCGAAGAAGGGUGUCAAGAAGACAUCCUACGAGAAGAGGUACAAAGGGUUUCGUCGUCUACAAGGAGCAGGUCGCCGGUCUAGCUUCGAGUCUGUUCGCCAGGAUCUAAAGAACUGGUUCAACGAGCAGCGAUGUCUAGGCAACCAAGUUCUUCAGCAAGAUCUCUACGAGAGGUACGUGCUCUUCUUGCAUGACCAUGUCCUGGGUCUAGAGUCCAAAGCCGAAGGCCUCACGGAUCCUCUAGUCAAGGGGGAGACUCUAGCUGCAGUCGGUGAAGGCCGGCAGACCCUGAAGAAGCUGGAGAGCUCUAAGAAGUACCGGGAAUCUCUAACAUCGCGGCUGAAGCUCCUAGUCGGAGCGAAGAACCUGAAGCCGCAUCUAGACACCAAGCUGUCGCCUCUAGAGGAACAAGCCAGGGUGCAGCUUACCUGGCAGGCCUACGACGGGGCUCUAUGGACUGCAGCUCUAGCUCCACCUGAGGAGUUGGGCAAGUGGGUCUCUAAGCCGGAGCAGUUUCUACAGUCUCGCUCUAAUCUGGUUCUCUUUUACGCGGACCAGAUUCCUCUCUGGAUCAAGGCUGGUCUAGAGAGAGAGCUCUUCGCAGAGUGGGAGACGCAGCCCACUAGCCAGGAAGCUCUACGACAGAAGCUGCGGGCAAGUCUACAGCAAGACCAGCCUUCUACUGAUGCUUCUGGAGCUCUAGUGGUCUCUGCUAGCGAGCAAGAUGCCUCUGGUCAGAAACAGCUGAGAUCUAGAAAGCAGCCUCUAUCUGAGAGAUUCCGUGUCACCUACGAGGCUAGACAGAUCGUGAUGAACUACGCUUCUACUGAGGAGCCAGUAGGGUCUGUCUACAAGGGGCUGCUGAUCGUCGCAGGACCCCACGCGGUUCUAGAUUGGAUCGCCGACGAUGGCACUUGGAAUCGCGACCACGAGUUUGUCUACAAGGGCAAGCUGGUCUCUAGAAAGAAGGGUCGGAGUUGCGGCCGUCUCCUUGAGCCGUGGCGAGCUCUACGACUGCGCAAGCCGGACAUCUUCAAGGAGCUCUCAGUCUACUCUCAGCCAAGUUCGAACGCGGAUGGGAUCGUCUUGAGCUGGGUGGCUCUGGAGCUCAGCUCUACUUUCCCAAGUCUACUGGUUCAACGCGAUUGUCUAGGAGCCUCUUUCAGUGACUCUGUGCAGGAGGCUCACUUUGUGGGCAACACCAUUCAGACGAUGGUUGGGCCCAAGGUCACGGCGUCGGUCCAAUUGACCGACACGGAUUUCUCUAGAAAGUUCAAAUCGCUAUGCCGCAACGAAAUGGCUUCUAGAAGAUCUAAGGGGCAGUCUGCACUCAGAUCUAAAGGCGAGAGCACCAUCUGGACAUGUAGCUUCGACGACAUCGCAGAGACCAUUCUACAUGCUCAGAGGGCUAUGAGUCAGCAGAAUGAGCGAGACCAGUGGAUUCUACGAGGACUUCGCAGAAAUGCAAUGCUGUGCUACAGACCUUGGAAUGGAGCUCUACGAGAUGGUGUGCCUCCAGAGCCAGACUGGUCUCUCGUCCCGGGCUCUUCUGCUGCCCAAGAUCUACUUGACUGGGGUGUUGCCCAUGGUGUCUCUGUCGCCGAGUCGGAAGAGGACUAUCUAUGUGACAUGUCCGAGCUGCCGGAGUCUCUUCGUUGGCCCUGCAUCGAGGCUGGCAUCUUGAAGCUGCCCCCCAGCCUUCUACGCAGUGCCUGGCGACGCGAACGAACUCUGACGCAGGAGAAAAGGGAAGCUCUAGCCGACAAGAGGCACCACAAGCAGGUUGUGGCUACAGUGAAGAGGACUCUGUCGGACAAGCUCAAAGCAGGACUACGCGAAAAGCUCAAGGACAUGUCUAGGCAUCAAGCUCUCAGCCGGAUGGUGCCCCAGGCAAAGACAAAGAAGCCGGCUCUACUGAGGAAGAGUGUCAAGAAAAACUUCAAGAAGAUGGCUCUAACCACCACGUCUCUGCUGGCUGGGCACUUCAAGCAGAAGGGCUUCUUUGUGCCUCCAGAUAUCACUAUGUUGGACCCGGUUCUAAGUGCCUUCCUCUUGAUCAGUGACAAGAAGGAGCACAUGGUCGCACAUCUACAGCGAGUGUGGCAGGCCUCGUCGGUGCUCUUCGUGCCAGUCUACACCGAGGCUCCCCCGCACUGGACUCUACUGAUCCUGGAGAACGACAAGGAGAACUCUACUGCUCGGGCAGACUCUGCAGCGCGCAAGUCUGCUACUUUGCUCAAGAAUCUGCUGCUUCCGAACUCUACUGAGAUGGAGCUCUUCAAUGUGCAGAAGCAAGUCUCUGACGAUUGUGGCUUCUGGAUUCUAGUGGUCAUGAUCGAGCUCCUGUCUGCUAUGAGAGGGGAAGGUCCAAAAGCUAGAGGUUCCCAGCACACGCAGGUCUCUGAGCUCAAAGUGAAGUUGCCUACUUUCGUUUCGCUCUCUAGCGAAAGGGAGCAGGAAGUCUCUGAAAGAGACAAGACACUCAAGAAGAAUGCUGCUAGAGCCAAGACUCUAGCCAAGCAAGCUCUAAAGAAGACAGGAGAGCUACAGGCCCUGGAAGCUCUAGCACACAAGUAUCUAAAUGAAGGUGCUGAGCCAGAGCUGAAGGAUCUAGGCAAGGAAGCGCAAAGUGCCCUUGCUAAGAUUGCCGGCCUGGGAAACCCAGGAGUGUGCUCUAGAUGCAGAUGGCAGUCGGGCUGUCUAAGCUGCGACAAGGCCAAGGCAGAGCGAUUCUACAUGAGGCAGCUCUGCUUCGAUCUAGGUGUCCCGGUGCCACCACAGUGGGCUAAGUGA